GCGAGAGCGAGACGAAAUUACACUUCGUAUGAUUUCUUGAAUCGUUCUCGCGGUACUUUGACGUCAUCCGGCUGUCGGUUGUUGCAGCGCCGUAUGAAGUCGAACAAGACUGAUGAUGACUGUAGCCUACAUUACAUUGGACGGUUAGUCUGAAAGAUGCUGCGUAGCAGCACUGAAGAGGUGACACCUGGCUCCAGCUCUGACCCUGGACCAAACAGCAGUACUGUAACCCCGUUUAACUCGAUCAACUAUGGUCAGGCAAUCUGCAGACAGCUGGAUCCCCAAUCGUCUUCUGUUCUGCAGACUUCAUUUGGAUCAGAUGAUGUUGGGAACGUUCUAUGCCCAGGAUCAACAGGUGCUGCUGAUACCGGUGGUCAGACAACUGUGUUCACUGAAACACCACCGGCUGAAGCUCAGGAGCAGGUGAAUUUCAGGAUCAUUUCGUCAGUGGGUUCAUCUGGUCCAACUGUCCUGUCAAGGAGCUUCAGCACCCCACAUUUGAGGACUACGCCUGCACGCACAUACCAUGGCCAAACACCUCAGAGAGACUGCAUGACAUCAUCUUCAUCUGCAAUGCUGUCUCAUUCCGCCUCUGUGUUAGUGGCUGUGGUGGAAGGUCGUGGUUUAGCUCGUGGUGAGAUUGGCAUGGCCAGUAUCAACAUGAAAUGCCCAGAACUGGUACUUUCACAGUUUGCCGACACUGGAACGUAUGCCAAGGUAAUUACCAAGUUGCAUAACCUGAUGCCUCUUGAAAUUCUGAUGCCAGACACUGCUAGUGUAAAAGGACAAGGAACCAAACUCUACAACCUCAUAACAGAGUCCUUCCCGUCAGUCACAUUUACUGCCAUUCUAAGGAAGUAUUUCAAUGAGAAGAAGGGCCUGGAGUACAUACAGCAGCUCUGUGUGCCUGAGUAUAGCACUGUCCUGAUGGAAGUGCAAACCAAAUACUACUGCCUGGCAUCUGCAUCUGCCCUUCUUAAAUACAUUGAGUUUGUUCAGAACUCCGUAUACGCUCCUAAGUCAGUAAAAGUGACCUUUACAGGCAGCGAGCAGACAGCCAUGAUUGACACAAUAUCGGCCAGCAACUUAGAGCUAGUAGUAAACAACAGAGAUCACAGAAGUGACCACACUCUGUUUGGCGUGUUAAACUACACCAAGACCGCUGGUGGCACAAGAAGGUUACGCUCCAAUAUUCUCGAGCCCCUGCAGGAUGUGGCCACUAUUAACUCACGCCUGGAUAGCAUACAGGAGUUAUUGCAGAAUGAGGAGCUCUUCUUCGGAUUAAAGAAUGCUAUUGGAAACUUCUUGGACAUAGAUGAGCUGCUGUCUGCUCUUAUUCAGGUCCCAAAGCAAGAGACGGUAUCGGUGGCUGAAGCAAAAAUAACACAAGUAAUUCAGCUGAAGCACGUUCUGGAAUUGGUCCCGCCACUGAAGGCAAGGUUAAAACAUUCGAAAACAGCAUUGUUGGAAGCAUAUUAUACUUCACUUGAAGACAGUAGGUUUAACAGCAUUCUGGACCAGAUAAAAUCCAUGAUAAAUGAUGACACCAGCUACAUGAAAAGCGGUCUGCACAUGCGCACACAGAAGUGCUAUGCUGUGCGACCCGACGUCAAUGAGUUUCUAGACAUUGCAAGGCGGGCCUACACAGAGGUAGUAGAUGACAUUGCAGGAUUGGUUGAUCGUCUUGGAGAAAAGUACAGCCUUCCCCUACGGACAAGUUUCAGCAGUGCACGAGGAUUCUUUAUUCAAAUGAGACUGGAGGGUGUGAUUUUACCUGGAGGGAAAUUACCAGAGGAGUUCAUUAAAGUGACCAAGCAGAAGAACAACUAUGGUUUCACCACAUUAGACCUUAUGAAAAUGAAUGACCACUGUGAAGAGGCUUUAAAGGAGAUUUUUCACAUUUCUUAUGUGGUUGUGUCCAGGUUCCUCAGUGAGGUCUAUGAACACAUCUACUGCCUGUACAAGCUAUCUGAUGCUGUGUCUAUGCUGGACAUGCUGCUGUCUUUGGCCCAUGCUUGCACUGUGUCAGAAUACGUACGUCCUGAGUUCACCGAUACGCUGGCAAUAAAGCAGGGUCGCCACCCCAUUCUGGAGCGCAUUUCUGGGCAACAACACAUCUCUAACAACAGCUACAUUUCUGAGGGAAGCAAUUUUAUUAUCAUUACGGGCCCCAACAUGAGUGGCAAGUCCACGUACCUCAAACAGGUGGCCCUCUGCCAGAUAAUGGCUCAGAUAGGAUCCUUUGUGCCUGCGGAGUAUGGCUCUUUUCGUAUUGCUGAUCAAAUAUUUACCAGAAUAGGCGUAGAUGAUGACUUCGAAACCAACUCCUCUACAUUUAUGGUCGAGAUGAAAGAGGUGUCUUACAUCAUCCACAAUGCAAGUGCCAAGUCGCUUAUUAUUAUAGAUGAGCUGGGUCGAGGCACCAGCCCAGAGGAGGGUGUUGGUAUCUGCCACAGUGUCUGUGAAUUCCUCAUCAAUCUUAAGGCCUUCACACUGUUUGCCACACACUUUCUUGAGCUAUGUCAGCUUGAAACGCUUUACCCCAACGUGGAAAACCAACACAUGCAGGUUCAGCAUGUCAAAAAAGAGGGCAAAGCGGACAGUGUAGUGUACACAUAUCUGCUAAGCCAAGGUCACUCAGAUGAGCGCAACUAUGGUAUAAGAGCAGCAGAGAUGACCGCAUUACCACUAGACAUUAUUCAGGAAGCCAAAACUGUUGCAGAAAAAAUCAAUCAAAGGCUAUGGGCCAAGCAUUAUAGUGACCCUGCCACUCUCAGACAGAGGGCAGUAUAUCGUCUAGGCACCAGACUGUUGCAGACGGCCCGUAACUCACGGCUAGAUCCACAGAGCCUACGUCACUACCUAAAAGGCUUGAAGAGACACUAUGAAACUGAAUUACAAAACAGUCCAGAGACAACAGAGGAGUGAGGUCUGGUUUGAGGAAUAAGACAUGGGGUUGGAAUAAAGGGUAGGAUUUCUCCCGUUUCAGAGAAAAUGUGCUCAUUUUCAUCCUUUUAGACUUCUGCAACAUAGCCAGGAAAAUGUUUAUGAUUUAUAAUAUGUAAUUUUUUUGUUGUAAGUUUGUAAAAAUACCUUGUUCUGUAAUUGCUGUUAGAUUAUUAUUUGUAUUGUAUGGUGUUUAAAGUGAGAUAAUAAAAACAUGACAACAUUCGUUCUUAUUGACUGUAGUUAAAUAAUAA